CCGGGCGGGCCCGUUGCCAUGGUGACGCGGCGCUGCCAUGGACUCGUUGCCAUGGAGCGCGUCCGCCUGGACCGGGAGGCGGCGGCCGCCGUUGAUUCCUACCUGGAGUAUCGGAGGAUUGUUGGUGAGGAUGAUGGAGGGAACCUGUUUACACCAGAGGAAUAUGAAAGGUACAAGAAGGAAGUGCUGCCAAUACGAUUACAGAAUCGAUUGUUUGUCAGCUGGUCAUCACCCAAUGGGAUCGAUUGCAAAUUAGUUGGCCCAGAAACACUCUGUUUUUGCAGACACAGAUAUAAACAGCACAAAACAGAUUUCAAAGAAAUUCCAACAGAACGUCCAAUUUUGCUGCCAUGCAGAGCAAAAGGUUGCAGAUGUAUCUCCUACAAUUAUGUGCCACUGAAUGGAACUCAACCAAUACGUUGCAGGUGCAAACAUUAUGCAGAUGACCACGAUGAACUGGCACCGUAUAAAUGCAAAAAGUGUGCAGGUUGUGCUGGGUUUCACAGCUCUUUUACUUGUGGCUGUGGUGAACCAACAUACGCUCAUACAAUGAUAGUUGAAUCCAAGGCAGAGCGUUUGGCGAGAGGACGAUCAGUGGGACCAGAUGUUCCUUAUGCUUCCAUGGGAGGACUGACGGGAUUCAACGCUCUAGCAGAAGGGUAUAUGCGACUGGACUCAAGUGGAAUAGGUGCACCAAGCAAUGAAAUUCUAGAUGCACCUUCUACUUCUAUGGACCACCCUUUUCUGAGAGCUUACGCACCACAAGUAGAUGCAAUAAAUGCUGGACAGCCAACGGAUGAUGUCUAUGGUUUAAGUCGAUUUGCUCACCUUCCCACAGCUGAGGAACGAGACAUGGCUUACUUUGAAAGCCGCUACCAGGAGCGGCUCAAGUUGGAAAAGGCUGCAAAGGGACAGAAAAAGAUUCCUGCACCUAAAGGUGAAACUUCACAACUGGCAAAGUCUUCAAAAGGACCCAAAAAGGAAAGUCCUAAGAACAUGAAUGCCAUUAAUUUGUUCUUUCCUUUUUCCCUUGUACAUUGGAGACAUAAGUACUGUCACUAGCCCAUCCUUUUUGGAAUAAACACUACAAACUUG